GUGUGUGUGUGUGUAGUGCUGCAGUAACGAGUGGAGAGGGGGGAUGACUGCAGUUUCUCGGGCUGAUGGAAGAGCGCGAGCAGGAGACGUUCGCACACCACUGAAACAUUAACCCCUAAGUGCCUCGCUGGUGUAUGGCCCAGACACUCACUGAGGAUUAGCACCGAGGAGAUCACUGCAGUCAGGGUUUCUGUUGGUGUAGGCAUCAAGCAUGAAGUGGAAUGUGUUGAAGAAGAAGCCGGCGGCCAUGGUGGGACCUGAGCCAACCGGUGCCAGUGCCCUGACAAUGGCCCCUGCUGUUUCUACACCUGCAGACAACUCCACCGAGCACCAGGGUCCAGUCAGCAAGAAUGACGUGUUUGGUGACAUCAAAAACAAGUUCCUCAAUGAGAUGGACAAGCUUCCACUUCCUCCCUGGGCUAUCAUCGCCAUUGCUAUCGUUGCUGUGGUCCUCAUUCUUACAUGCUGUUUCUGCAUCGUAAAAAAGACCUGCCUAAAGAAGAAAAAAGGCAAGAAGGGAAAGAAAGGCAAAGGUGACAUGGGAAUGAAGAACAUGAAGGGAGGAGAGAAACAGGAAGAGGAUGACGAUGAAGAAGAUAUAGACAUGGGAAUUACUGAAGAGAAGGAGGAGGAACCUAAAGAGAAAGAGAAGCUGGGCAAACUGCAGUUCUCCCUGGACUAUGAUUUCUCUGCAAGUCAGCUGACAGUGGGCAUCCUGCAAGCUGCUGAUCUUCUGUCCAUGGACAGUGGCGGCACCUCAGACCCAUACGUUAAAGUUUUCAUCCUCCCAGACAAGAAGAAGAAGUAUGACACCAAGGUGCACAAGAAAACCCUCAACCCUGUCUUCAACGAAACUUUCCAUUUUAAGAUUCCCUUCACUGAAAUGGGAGGAAAGACUCUGGUCAUGUCUGUGUAUGACUUUGACCGUUUCUCGAAGCAUGAUGUGAUCGGUGAGGUAAAGAUUCCAAUGAACACCCUUGAUCUGGCACAACCUAUUGAGCAGUGGAGAGACCUGGACAGCGCAGAGAAAGAAGAGCCUGAAAAGCUUGGAGAUAUCUGCAUCUCUCUGCGCUAUGUACCUACAGCUGGAAAACUCACCAUCUGUAUCCUGGAGGCGAAGAACCUAAAAAAGAUGGAUGUGGGGGGACUCUCAGAUCCCUAUGUGAAGAUACAUCUUCUGCAAAAUGGGAAACGACUGAAGAAGAAGAAGACAACUGUGAAGAAGAACACCCUGAACCCUUACUACAACGAGUCCUUCAGCUUUGAGAUCCCACAGGACCAGAUGCAGAAAAUACAAGCUGUGAUCACAGUGCUCGAUUACGAUAAGAUCGGCAAGAACGAUGCCAUCGGGAAGAUCUGGGUGGGCAGUAAAGCGCAGGGCACCGAGCUCCGGCACUGGUCCGACAUGCUGGCCAACCCACGCAGGCCCAUCGCUCAGUGGCAUCCACUCAAACCCGAAGAAGAGGUGGACGCCACGUUAGCAGCGCUCACUGCCAAGAAGUAAACCCGCUCCUCCUCCCUCCCUCCCUCCCUCCCUCCUCUCCUUUAUUCACUUUUCAACAUGCACAACACGUCAUCAAAUCCCCCAAUCAGCACUGAAUUACAGCCACGGGCCACCAGACUGAAGGUGUUAAAGAAGACGAUUCGGUCUCAUCAGCGGCUAAAACGAGAUGAGGGUGAACCGAGAGAGACUGUUUCCACAGAUGUUCUUGAAGGAGGGCCGGGCUCGUAGGUGCGGUUAUUACACAUAUAAGCUCCCAUUCACACCUUAAAACAUCCAACAGCAUUCCAAAGUUUUCCAUCGGGGACCAGGGAUAGAAAACACUGCCUCUUCCACUGCCUAAUUUAACACAUUCCUUCUAGAUUAUCUCUGGUCAUCUAGAUGAAAUCAGUUCUGUUCUGUUUGCCGUGUCUGAAAAGACAGUAAAGAGUAAUUGAAAAAAAAAA